AUGUUGGAACAUUGUGUUCCCCCACCGGACAUCAACAAGAUCUCCAUCUUCAGCCACCACCUUGUCAGGUACAACCAGGAGGGCCUGCUCGACGUGAAGUACAUGGAGGACCGCUACUUGAGGGGCAAGAAGUACUGCAGUGAUUUCAUGGAGACUCGGCACAAGCUCAUGUGCUUUAGCAGCCUGAACCUGGGCCACGCAGCCAUUGUCUCGAUGCAGUCGGAGAUGGGGCCUUUGUUGAUCGACGAGGCCAUCUCUUUGAGCCAAGCGAUAUCUUCAGGGAAUGCCAACACAAUGUGCUUCGCAUGUCUUCCUCAAGUUCACUCUUCAACCUCGAUGGCCACUGUCAUGAAAAACCGCCGCUUACUAGAGGACAAACUGUUUGCUGUGAUGAACUCCCAUGAGAUCGCCCUGAACUAUGCCCCACCAGAGCAUGGCGGUGUUGCUGCGAUGUGUGGAACAAGUCCGGCAUGGCAGAGGAGUCGGGCACUGUUGGGCUCUAUCAACAACAUCCCUCGCAGCCGGGUUCAGGAUUUGCAGAACCCGGAUACCGAUCACCCACUGGCUCCUCACUGGCGUGUUCAGCAAAGGGGGAUCAAAGCGACAACGCAGGUGACUACGUCCCUCUUGGACAAUGUCCUGACAGCCCCGAAGCAGCCCGUUUUGGUGGUUGACCUUUUGCCCAGCAGGUUCGCCGAGUGGAGCAGAGCGGCCUGGAAUUUGCAAAAGCGGCUGCUGAAUGAUGAAGACUUGCUGGAGAACCAUCCUGACAUGAGGAUUCCAGAGAUGGUGCAAAAAAAACUUGUGGGGCACCCCGAUUUCUUGAAGCGGUGCAUGGAUGAUAUUUGUGAGGACUCCAAGUUUACAACGAUUGCUGGCAUGGGGCGCAUGCCUCAUCAACCCAACCUCUUUGUGGCUGUCACCAAGACCAACAGUGAUGGUGUGAUUCUGGCAUCUUCGAUCUCUUGGCACAUUUCCAAGGACAGCGCGUUGAUUGCAAUGGCGGAUACGAAGGCCGUCACCACUUUGGCCGACCUCAUUUGCAAAGUGGCUCGGGAACGAGGUGUCAUGGAAGUACGAACCGUUGACCAUUCUUUGGCACCUAAAGUUCAG